AACUAAUUACUUAAAACAGAUAAGACUUGACAAUUUAUAAAUAUUUAAAUUCCAAGUUAAAGAGAAAGAGAGGAAACCAGAAGUUUCUUUUUGCAGGGAUUAGUAAGAAUGGCGAAAGAGUUGGAUGUUGAAGCUGCAAAUAAGUCAGAAGAUAACAUGAAACCAACAGCUAUCUUCAAGAGUACAAAUGAAUCUGUUGUUUUAAAGUUUGUUGAUGUUGUUUAUUCAAUCAAGUUUGGGAAAUCGGGUCAUUAUUUUCAAAAGAAAUCAGGUUCUGGAGAGAAAGUGAUCUUAAAUGGGAUUACUGGGGUGGUUGAACCAGGAGAAAUGUUAGCCAUGCUUGGUCCAUCUGGCAGUGGCAAAACAACACUAUUGACUGCAUUAGGGGGUCGCCUAGGUGGUUGCCUCAGUGGAACCGUAACUUACAAUGGCAAGCCUUUCUCCAAUUCAGUGAAACGAAACACAGGGUUUGUGACUCAAGAUGAUGUUCUAUACCCUCACUUGACCGUCACCGAAACGCUCGUUUUUACCGCUCUGCUUCGAUUGCCGAAUAGUUUUAGUAAACAAGAGAAGAUCAUGCAUGCUGAAGCUGUCAUCAAUGAACUUGGACUAGUUGACUGCAAGAAUAGCAUCAUUGGGGACCCAUUUACCAGAGGAGUUUCGGGUGGGGAGCGAAAAAGGGUUAGUAUAGGUCAAGAAAUGCUUAUAAACCCAAGCUUGUUAUUCUUAGACGAGCCUACAUCGGGUCUGGAUUCAACUACGGCGCAAAGGCUGGUGUCGACGUUGUCGGAGUUUGCUAAAGGUGGAAGAACAAUUGUGCUGACAAUACACCAGCCAUCAAGUAGACUGUUUUACAUGUUUGAUAAGGUUUUACUGCUAUCAGAGGGUAACCCUUUGUAUUUUGGACGAGGAUCGGCUACUAUGGAUUAUUUUUCGAGUAUCGGAUAUGCCCCAUCAGUUGCCAUGAACCCUUCAGAUUUCCUAUUGGACCUUUCAAAUGGUAUUACAUCAUCAAAUGAGUCACCAAAGGAACAAACCCUGGUGAAGACAACACUAGUUUCAGCAUACAAGAGCAACAUUGGUGAGAAACUAAGGGAAGAGCUCAAGGAUAACAGCAAGCACCAUCAUGAUCAAAUGGAAAGCAAGACAUUUGAAAGGUGGCCUACAACAUGGUGGCAACAGUUCACCGUAUUGCUUCAAAGGGGACUUAAGGAAAGGAAACAUGAAUCAUUCUCCGUAUUCAACACUGUUGAGGUCCUUGUUGUAGCUGUCCUAUUAGGACUAUUAUGGUGGCAAUCUGAUGUAGCUCACUUGCAGGACCAGAUUGGAUUCCUCUUCUUUAUUUUAGGAUUCUGGGGUUUGUUCCCUCUAUACCAAGCAAUUUUCACCUUCCCUCAAGAACGUUUAAUGCUCGAAAAAGAACGGUCUGCGGGCUUGUAUAGGCUAUCUUCAUAUUUCAUGUCAAGAAUCAUAUCUGAUCUCCCCAUGGAGCUUACACUUCCCAUUGUUUUCAUCACAAUAUCAUAUUGGAUGGCAGGGCUUAAACCCACAGCAGGGAGUUUCCUAUACACCCUAUUUGCACUUAUUUUAUGUGUCUUAGGCUCUCAAGGCAUAGGGUUAGCCAUUGGUGCCUUAGUGAUGAACACGAAAUCGGCAGCCACUCUCGGUUCUAUCAUCAUGCUCACGUUCUUACUCGCCAGCGGCUACUAUAUUCAACAAUUUCCGGGUUUCAUGUCAUGGAUCAAAUACAUUGCACUUACCCAUUACGCAUACAAACUCUUGUUGGGGUCUCAAUACCAGCCACAUGAUACUUACCCUUGUAAUGAACCUGGGAAGGUUUGCUUAGUAGGAGAUUUCCAACCUAUAAAAACUGUGGGGCUAGAUGGUCAACUCAUCUCAGCUGUUGCCCUGAUUCUAAUGGUUUUGAUCUACAGACUAGUUGCUUAUUUGGCCCUCAUGAGAAUUGGUGUGACCCAAAAAUUGGCCAAGUAGCUGAAUCUUAAUCCAUUAUUUGCAUAAAACCAAAGAGUGGUAUCAAUUAAAUUAUAGAUGCCAUUGUCUUCCAUUCUUUUCUUCUUCUUUUUUUCAUUUUAGUGGCUUGUAUAUUAUAUGUAUUUGAUUAGAGAUAGAGAGAAUAGUGUACCAAAAUAAAUCAAUUAUGACAUUAUUUGUAUUUUAUAUAUUCUUUUUCAAUUAAGGUAAUGAUCCUUUUCCACUUA